GCAUGACAUCCACUGGGAGAAAAAAGAAAGUCUACCCCACUUGCCACCGAGUAUACCUAUUACCACUAUUAGUUCAUUAUCCAUUGCCACUAUUAGAUCAUUAUCCAUAAUUACCAAUUCAUCACCAUCCUCUUAUUCUUCCAUGACCUGCUUGCACACCGCCCAGCCGCCACUGCCUUCAGCCACGGUGUACAAAGACGAUUGCAUGUACUGCUUCGACACGCCAGAGUCGUCUUCUGGCCUCGAUAUCUGCCUCACGUGCUUUCAGGCGUUUUCCCGCGGCGACUUGAACCAUACCGUGGAGCACUUUGCGGCCUCCAACCACAAGCUCUUUCUCAACUUGAAAAAGACGCCGAAGCCGGAACCUCCCAGACCGACCAAGAUCGCCAAGUUGGAGGUCAGAGAGCUUUCUGACGACGAACUUUUUGACACUGCCACGUACUUUUACUGCGCGGCGUGCGACAGUGCAGUCGACGCGGGAGCGGAGGGCGCGGCUGCUGCGGCCGGUGUGAUGAGCGCUACCCUGAACGCCAAAAAGGAAGAGAUUAAGACCUGGGAGCAGGAGAUUUUGCCUUGUGAACACUCGCUCUAUCUUGACCAACAAGAGCACACUGGUCCGGUUCCACUCUCUCAGUGCGCGCUGUGCGACUUGAGGGAAAACUUGUGGUUGUGUCUCCACUGUGGGGCUAUGGGCUGUGGAAGGGCGCAAUUCGGCGGUAUUUCCGGGAAUUCGCACGCCUUGAGUCACUUUGAAGCAACGGGGCACCCGGUGGCGGUCAAACUCGGUUCGCUUUCGCUGGAUUCCGCGGAUUGUUUCUGCUAUCAGUGCAGUGACGAGGUGCAGGUGCCCGAGCUCACAAAGUUCUUGGGAAACUACGGGAUUGACGUCUCGAGCCACACCAAAACGGAAAAGAACUUGAUAGAGUUGCAAUUGGACCAGAACAUGCAAUGGGAGUUCAGCUUGGAGACGGCCAACGGGAAGUUGGAGCCAGUGUUCGGGCCGCACCUCACGGGGGUCAAGAACUUGGGCAACUCCUGCUACUUGAACUCCGUGAUGCAGAUUUUGAUGCAGCUAGAGACGUACAAGCGGUUUUUCGAGGCCCAGUCGUUCGGCGACAAAGACCCCUCCAGCCUCCACGUGCAAUUGCUCAAGCUUUACGAGGGGUUGGCUUCCGGAAGGUACUCCAAACCGGCACCCGACAGCGCGUACCAGAGCGGCAUCAAGCCAUCGGGGUUUAAGACGGUUAUCGCUGGCACCCAUGCGGAGUUUUCCUCCGCCAGACAGCAGGACGCAUACGAGUUUUGGCUCUACGCGGUGGAAAAGCUUGACGCUUAUUUCUUGGACAUCGUCGCUCCGUUGGAAAACCCCAACGUGGCGAUGAAAUUUGUCAUGAGGAACAAGCUUGUGUGUACCAGCUGCCACGGUGCGAGUUUUUCCGACGAGUUGGUCGACAGCCUUUCGGUGCCAAUCCCCGACAGAGUCAUCAACGUGGAUGCAGAUGGAAAGAAGGAGUACGAACGUGUCAGCUUGAUCGAUAGUCUCGCCAGCUACACCCUGGUGGAGGAAAUUUCCAACUUCACCUGUUCUAACUGCUCUCAAACAACCACCGCACGCAAAUCUAACGGGUUCGUGUCGUUCCCUGAGGUUCUUGUGGUCAGCGCUCAGCGUAUCAAGCUUGAAAACUGGGUUCCCGUCAAGGUGGAUGUUCCAAUUGCUUUGCCUCAUGAGCUCUUGUUGGACCGAUUCAGAUCCACGGGUUUGGCAGCUGGCGAGGUGCUUGUUGAAACUCCUGUUCAGGGCUUUGAGCCGAACCAGGAUGCCCUCAACAGCUUGGUAAGUAUGGGGUUUCCGGAAAACCGGUGCUUGAAGGGGUUGGCCAACACGGGAAACGCUCUGACGGAGGAGGCGAUGAACUGGCUCUUUGCGCAUAUGGAUGAUGCGGAUAUCGAUGCACCAUUUGUCGUGCCCGCUGCGCCGGCAGGACCUGCGGGCCCUGUCUUGGCCGAUAUCGAGAGUUUGGUUAGUAUGGGCUUUAGCCCACAAUUGGCGAACAAAGCGCUUGUGCUCUCAGGUAACGACGUCAACAGCGCCGUGGAAUGGCUAUUUGCCAACCCAGAUGACAGCGGUGAGAUCACCCAGCAAGAUAUGCCACGCUUACCCCAGGCAGAUGUCGACAGAAUGGUGAUGGAGAAUAUUUUGGCCAGCCCGCUGUGUGUGAAUGAAAGUGCAUAUGAAUUGUUUGGGGUGGUUUGCCACAAGGGUUCGUCUGUACACACCGGCCAUUACGUGGUGUUUAUCAAGCAGGAUGUGGACGGCGCUGCGAGAUGGGUGUUGUUCAACGAUGAAAAGGUGGUGGCGGUGGUUGAGGAGAGUGAGGAGAGCUUUCAGGAGAUGGAGAAGAACGGAUAUUUGUUUGUGUUUAAGAAAAGAGAUUGGUGAUUUACGAGAGGAUGAGAGUGGAGGUUUUCGUAUCUACAAUUAUUAUGUUUAUACAACUUGAUGUAUUGCAGGUGAAUAUAUUUGGACUGUCGGUAUAGCUUCGAAUUCACUCUCAAAAACACCAGUAAGAAAAGGCUUUCGCAGUUGGUCACAUGCAUGGGAGUUUCCUAAAUUCGGAGAUUUUCAUAAACCCAAUACCGGUUUUGUACAUCAUACACUAUCUAUAGUAAUUAUUAAGUUGCUGUUACGAACACUUUUUCAAGAGAAAUAUUAUCCAGA